AUGAGUGUGAUACUAGAGACGUCUCUAGGCGAGAUUGUCAUCGAUCUCUUGGUUGAAAACGCUCCAAAAUGCUGCGAGAACUUUUUGAAACUUUGCAAAAUCAAGUAUUACAACUUUGCCCCGUUUCACAGCGUCCAGAAAGGCUUUAGCUGUCAGACCGGAGAUCCACUCGGCCCAGACUCACCCGAAAGCGAUGGAGGCAGCUCUGUCUGGGGCUUGCUAUCAGGCCCUUCGAAGAAGAGUUUCAUAGCCGAUAUCGACCCAAAGCUGAAACAUUCCCAGCGUGGGACAGUCAGUAUGGCGACGGUGCCCUCGCCCAACGACCCUGAUCAGCGACUCGCUGGCAGCCAAUUCCUUAUUACUCUCGGUGACAAUAUUGACUACUUGGACGGAAAAGCCGCCCCCUUUGGCAUGGUAGUCGAAGGCUUCGAUACUCUGGAAAAGAUUAACAGUGCCUUCACUGACGGCAACGGUAGACCCCUGAAGGACAUCCGGAUUCGGCAUACCAUCAUAUUGGAUGAUCCGUACGAUGAUCCGCCGGGCCUGCUUGUGCCUGAUUCAAGUCCUCCACCGACAAAGGCGCAACUGGCCACUGUUAUGAUCGCGGAUGACGAAGAGUUGGACGAAGAAGUCGACGAAGCGGCUAUGGAGAAGCUACGAAGAGAACGAGAGGCACGAGCACAGGCUCUGACUCUCGAGAUGGUUGGUGACCUCCCUUUUGCCGAGGUGAAGCCUCCAGAAAAUGUUCUUUUUGUAUGCAAACUGAACCCCGUCACGAACGAUGAAGAUCUCGAGUUGAUCUUCAGCCGUUUUGGCAAAAUCCUUUCAUGUGAGGUCAUCCGAGAUAAACGCACCGGUGACAGCCUGCAGUAUGCCUUCAUUGAAUUCGAGAAUCAAAAAGACUGUGAGCAAGCGUACUUCAAGAUGCAAGGUGUGCUCAUUGACGACCAUCGUAUCCACGUCGACUUUUCACAGAGUGUCUCUAAACUAUCCGAUACCUGGAGAGACGCAACGAACUCGAAGAGGGCAAGGCAAUCCGGAGGUUUCGGUGGGAUCGCCAGCCUCGAGAAGAAACGGCAUUACCGAGAAGACGACGACCGUGGGCAGAAUGGCGGGAAAUACAGAAUGAUCUUUGAUAAAGACGACAUCCGCCGGAACAAAGAGUCCCGGCGAGAGGAGGGACCUCGAAGGUCUCGAAGCAGAAGCCCACAGUAUGACAGGAAGGAAUCAAGACGGGAUGAGCACCGACCUCGAGAUCAGGACAGACACGGUCGCAGAGAUCGCAGGGAAAGAGAUCAAUAUCGAGACCGAGAUCGAGAUAGAGAGAGAGGCGGAGACCGAGAGAGAGGACGGAAAGGGCAGUCAUAUCGAUCAGGCCCAUGGAGGGAGAGAGACCGCUGA